AUGUCAAACACGACCGAAACACCUGCAACGUGGGUAGUGGUCGGUGCUUCGCGGGGCAUCGGUCUCGAGUAUGUUAAGCAGCUCCUCCAAGCAGGAAACCGUGUGAUUGCCACAGCUCGCAACCCAGAUGCAUCGGGAUUGUCGGCGGUGAUUGAAACUCAUGGUAAUCCAGAAGAUUGUAUCAUUGAGCAGUGCGACGUGGCAAGCAGCGAAAGCAUCAAUAACUUUGCUGCCAGGAUGAGCGCGCUUGUCAACAAGGGAACCAGGCUCGAUAACAUCGUCAUGAAUGCAGGUGUUCUCAGAUACCCAAAUCGAGCAACGGAAUUAUCCUACGACAACUUCAAAUUCCACAUGGAAACCAACACCAUUGGACCUAUCAUAUGCGCACAAAAACUCGUCAACUUGAAUCCCGAUAGCCCACCUUCCAAACUGAUCUUCAUCUCAUCUGACUCCGGGUCAACAACCAAUUUUCUAGCGUACGAAGACGGGUUCGCAGCCUAUGCGGCAAGCAAGGCUGCACUGAACCAAAUGCUGAGACAUAUGGCGCAGGAGUUGAAGAGGCGCGGUGGCAAGUGGGCUGAGAUAUGUGUUCUGGCUCUCCACCCUGGCGAGGUGCACACGGAUAUGAACUCGGGCGAAGUUGGAACUUGGGAUGUGGGGACACUUUUAGAGCCAGAUGAAAGUAUCUCCGGAAUGCUUAAGGUGAUUAGUGAGAAGGAUCAUAAUGAUACUGGCACAUUCUGGUGCUGGGAUGGUAGAGCAUAUCCUUGGUAA